UGUUAGUAGACUCAGAGCAAGUUUACAUGAAGACAAUUGUACUGAAAAUGGAAAAGUAUUUCUUUUGCGUAAAAAACACAAUGUUAACAAAAACAUCCCCGUUCACACGGAUCAGACCACUACGCGCCUGCGCACUUGUGCAUUCUUCUACAGGACGAUAUACAAUCAAGACGAUGAAAGCAUUGAGCUGAUGCAUUGGAUCGACGAUGAGAGAUAGCACGAAGCUGGAAAUCCUGAUUAGUGAUGGUCCCAGCCCACUGUGUAGGUUGGGAGAAGAUUUUACCAGCAGAUAAGAGGAUUUGAGAGGAAUUAAUGUCAUUCUUUUAUUACUGCAAACAGGAACGCAAGCAGUGAUGGACACGUAAGACAAUCAAAGAGAUACACAUGGAGAUCAACAGAGGUCAACGGGAUCUUGACGUUUCCCAGCAUCCUCUCGGGUGAGGUUUGCCGGGCAUGGCCAGAACUCUGGAGAGGUCCUGCCUUGGCUCUGUGGAAGAAUUCUGGACCAUCGUUACAAGACACGGAGAUCCUGAGGAAGAGAGUCAGAUGUUUCAUCCUCACACCUGGUCAUGAAGCUGAUCUUGUUGAUCUUCAGGGUGCUGUGUCUUGCCUGCCUUUGGCCCGUCACCUUGCUCAAUAAUCGCUACCCUGACCGCAAGAAAAACAAGGACGUUUACCUGAGCGAGCAUGCCAGACACAAAUUCAGAGGGCGGAUAGACUACAAAUUAAAGAGGAAGGACAGCACAAAGUCCCUUCUCAUCAAAACAGAACAGCUCCUGAGGAUCGAAGAGCACGACUUUGCCAUGAGGCCUGGAUUUGGAGGGUCUGCCAUCCCUGUGGGCAUUGAUGUGCAGGUGGAAAGCAUAGAUAGCAUCUCUGAAGUGAACAUGGACUUCACUAUGACCUUAUACUUGAGACAUUAUUGGAAGGAUGAACGGCUGGCUUUCCCCUCUACUAACAAUCUGAGCCGCACGUUUGAUGGACGGCUGGUGAAGAAGAUCUGGAAGCCGGAUGUGUUCUUCGUUCAUUCCAAGCGCUCUUUUAUCCAUGACACCACCAUGGAGAACGUCAUGCUGAGGGUUUAUCCAGACGGCAACAUUUUGUACAGCGUCAGGGUAACAGUUACCGCACUUUGCUCAAUGGAUUUCAGUAGAUUCCCGUUGGACACACAGAACUGUUCUCUGGAGCUGGAGAGCUAUGCAUAUAAUGAAAACGACCUCAUGUUGUACUGGAAAAAUGGCAUUGACUCUUUAAGAACAGAUGAGAUUGCUCUCUCUCAGUACUUUAUUGAAGAGUUUCAUCCGUCUCAUGGCCUGGCCUUGUACAGCAGUACAGGCUGGUACAACAGACUAUACAUCAACUUCAUCCUGAGAAGACACAUCUUCUUCUUUAUGCUGCAAACAUACUUUCCUACAAUGCUGAUGGUGGUGCUUUCAUGGGUGUCUUUUUGGAUCGACAGGCGGGCGGUACCAGCACGUGUCUCGCUUGGCAUCACUACAGUCUUAACAAUGUCCACCAUAAUAACCGGCGUGUCAGGGUCUAUGCCUCAGGUGUCGUAUGUGAAAGCCGUAGACAUCUACCUGUGGGCCAGCUUCCUCUUUGUGUUUCUUUCUGUCAUCGAGUACGCUGCUGUCAACUACUUCACCACUAAAGAAGAGAUGAAGAAGCUCAAGCAAUUGAAGUUGUCAGAAUACGAUGCCUCUCAAGCCAUGGCGUUUGAUGGCUGUUUUCACGACACAGACAUUGAGCUCAGCUCUUUCUCUCCACUGUCUGAUCUGAACAUAGACCCGUGCGUGUCCUCCCUGAACUCCAGCGUACCGGGCACGCGCCUCCAUCGCCGAAGAUCCAUUCGCCAAAGCGUCAAUCAUAUCAUGAGCAACAGUUACAAGAUAGACUCAUACUCCAGAAUAUUCUUUCCUCUGGCAUACGUUUUCUUCAAUAUCAUCUACUGGAGCAUCUACUCUUGACUGAGAGAAACAACAUCCAAAAAGAGCUUUUUGGUUUAUAAAAAACUGUCAAACGUUGCAGUUGAACGCAAGAUUACAUUGCCAAAAUAAGUUAUACUGUACUGUAUAAGUGGAAAAACAUUUCUGUAUUUGUAAGUAUCUACACACAUGCACACAGUCCAUCAUGACUUAUUUUUAAAUGAAUGAAUGAAAAUGUUUAAUAAAUUAUUUAUGUAAGAA